GUACGGUCRCGACCCCUCACACUUCGAUUGCUUGUCACAUGGUUUCCGUUGCGAGAAUUCGCGACGCCAUAGCUCGGAAUGACGUCGAGGAGAUGGGCCUUGUAUUCUUGCAUGCUCUCCCCUCGCCGGACGGACCAGCCGCGUCACCGCCGGACCCACGCAUCAUUCACCUCUUGGACGAGUAUGGAGACGUCUUCGAGGCUCCCACCGGAACGGUUCCGGAUCGGCCCAUACGUCAUGGGAUCACUCUCAAGGCUGGCGCCGUCCCUCCGCGUGGAUGUAUCUACCGCAUGAGUGAAGAGGAACUCGAGGUGCUUCGCGCACAACUCGAUGACCUUCUCGACAAGGGUUGGAUUCGCCCUAGUUGCUCGCCAUACGGUGCCCCUGUUCUCUUCGUCUGGAAGAAGAACAAAGAUCUACGGUUAUGCAUCGAUUAUCGCAAACUUAACGCACAAACCGUAAAGAACGCCGACCCUCUCCUUCGGAUUGAUGAUCUCCUUGAGCGGUUAGGCGGCGCGACGUACUUCUCGAAGUUGGACUUGAAGUCGAGUUACCACCAGAUUGAAAUCCCGCCUCAAGAUCGGUACAAGACCGCGUUCAAGACGUGGUACGAACAUUUUGAGUGGGUUGUCAUGCCAUUUGGCCUCACCAAUGCCCCCGCGACUUUCCAAGCAGCUAUGACGACCAAGUUUCACGACUUGCUCGAUCGCAGCGUCCUCAUUUACCUUGAUGACAUUUUGGUUUAUAGUAGGACGUUGGACGAGCACAUCGUACACCUUCGCGCUGUUUUGGAUCGUUUGCGACUGGCCAAGUACAAAGCGAAUCUCGACAAGUGCGAGUUCGCCAAGCAGGAGCUUGACUACUUGGGUCAUUUUGUCACGCCGAAAGGCAUUCGUCCCUUAGCAGACAAGAUCCAAGCCAUCGUGGAUUGGUCGGAAUCCCGUUCCACAACGGAUGUACGCUCUUUCAUGGGUCUGGCUGGAUAUUAUCAGCGAUUCGUCGAGUCAUACUCGAAAGUGGCCGCUCCUUUGUCGAGACUUCAGUCCCCGAAGGUGCCCUUCGAGUUCGACGACGCAGCCCGUGGCGCGUUCAUUACGUUGAAGGCAGCAAUGCAAGCCGCACCUGCCCUCCGUAUAUACGACCCCACCCUUCCCACCCAAGUGACUAUGGACGCUUCGGGAUACGGUAUUGGUGCGGUGUUGGAACAGUGUCACGAGGACGGCAGGCAUCCGGUCGAGUAUUUCUCCCAAAAGGUGCCUCUCGUCAACACUCUCGACGACGCUAGGAAGAAAGAGCUACUCGCGUUCGUCACCGUUCUCAAACGGUGGCGCCACUUUCUUCUCGGCCGUCGGCGUUUUAAAUGGAAUACGGACAACAAUCCGUUGACCUUUUACAAAACGCAGGAUACGGUCACUAACACGAUCGGUCGAUGGAUGUAUCACAUUGACCAGUUCGACUUUGACCCAUGCCACAUUCCCGGUCCCGCCAAUCGAGAUGCGGACGCCCUCUCACGAUGGCCCGAUUUUUGUGCCAUUGUGACCACGACAUUCGACCUCGAUGACGAUCUGCAGCCGCAUUUCGUCAAAGGCUACAAGUCGGAUCCGACUUACUCUACGCUUUACGCGGAGCUUUCAUCGGAUCAACCGCCGGCUAGCCACUAUCGGAUUUCCGACGGGUUCCUUCUCCUUCACACGAGAGGAAAGGACUUGUUAGUUGUGCCCCAAGAUCGCAUCUUACGGACUCGUCUUCUCGGCGAAUUCCACGACGCACGACUUUCGGCACACCUUGGCGUGAACCACACAUUAGCACGCCUCCGCCAGCGUUUUCACUGGCCCGACAUCCUUCAUGACGUCACGAGGUACAUUGAGUCAUGUGCAGUUUGCCACCGUAAUAAGGGUCGAUCUCGAGUCCCCUUCGGCGAACUGAAACCGUUGCUGAUUCCUCGGGCACCGCGCCUCUCCAUUGCUAUGGACGUAACAAGCCCGUUCCCCCGCGAUCGCCAUGGCCAUGACGGUAUUCUCACGGUCAUUGACCGUUUGAGCAAGGUGUUCCGGAAGACAUAGUGAGCGACCGAGAUACUCGCUUCAUGUCGGCUUUUUGGACUUCCCUUAUGGCUGAGUCC